CAGAGCAAAGAUCGCGACUUUAGACUCCAAGCGUCGCGCCAUCUCCAACCGAGCUCUCUCUUGUAGAUAUGCGGAGCGUAAAGCCAUCUCAGCUUACUGUUCUAAACACGGGCCUGUUCACAGGUAAUUAAGACUGAAGCUCCCUGCCCCGCAUGGACCAGCGCCAUUGCAGCCCGAGUUACGCGCAAUGGACUUGACGAUUUGCAGACUUGAGAGCGAGCGAUCAAGACGAAGCGCUCGGUUUGCGCCAGGCUGGUAGAGCGGGUAUAAUCAAAGAUUAAGAGACUGCACUGAACAAAGGCACGUCGACAACACAAACCAAGCCCUUAUCUAUACAAUCACAUUUCAUAAAUUCAUUAGCUUGUAACCCUUUGCUCUCCAACCAACCAUUUGAGACCAGCAUUUACGGGCAACAAUAUCGAGCUCUAGUUCAUUACCAGACAAGACCAAACAUACACAAUAAUGUGGUCAUUACGGACACACGGCACGGCGUACAUCUUACUUCUUCUAACGAACCAAGUUUUUCAGGGUCUAGGGAAGACGGACUUGGCCCUUGACUUAGAUAACGGACGUGUUUAUGGAGGAAACCCUUACAUAAAAAUCCUCGAUUCCCCCGGACCCUCUCAUAAGCAAAGAUGCUCUUCCCAGGCGCUUAUCCGCUUGGACUUCAGCGGCCCUUAUAAGAGAGUGAAGUUUGAAUUAUUCUAUGGCGCGGAACCGAAACAAUGGACGUUUUUGCUUUCCGAUUCUCCGGCUGCGUACGGGUUUGGUGGUGACCACAAGUACACCAGUAACUGUGCAUCAAUGCAGAUCUUCAACAAACAGUUACGAAUUUACAGCAACGUAUUGCCGAAUUACCGGAGACACAGCCUAAACGGCCAAUCCCUCAUGGAUGUUAUAGAUGAUGUGGUUAACAAAGGAACGAAUAUGACAGUCAACGCAAGCGAUGAGAUGCUUGCUUGGAAAACCAGAAGUGAGAACUGGACUGAAGGUGACAGAAUCCACAGCCCUUAUUUGUUCACACUGGCUGGACAACAAACCGACUACGGGCCGAGAGAAUAUUUUCUUUACGUUGCGUUCAACAGAGUUCCGUUAGGUGAAUUUCAUAAUGGUUCCGGUCUCUGCCAAGUUCGUAUUAACUUCAAAAGAAAACCAGAUAACAGCGUUUGCGCAAAGAUUCGCCACCUUUGCCAUAAGCACGCGGAUUGCAGAAAUACAGAUGCUGGCUACCGGUGCAUGUGCAAACCAGGCUUUGUCGGCAAUGGAGUCAGCUCGUGCAAAGAUUUGGAUGAGUGCGAGUUGAAUAAUGGUGAUUGCCAGCAAUCCUGCCAUAACUUGGAAGGAAGCUACAUCUGCAGAUGUAAUAGAGGAUACACACUGCUCCCUAACGGCCGAGACUGUACUGAGAGGAGCCCUGGAAGCAAUUUGAUCAGUCAGAGAAUUCGCUUGAGAUUCCAUGUGGGACAGUGCGCAAAACGCAAAUGGAGAAAGCUAUUUCUGGACGAGCUGAAAAGUAAACUUCUCAGUCGGCAGGUGUGUAAGUUCCCCUGCGCCAUCCACGGCUUGUCGCUCAAAUGCCGAUCAAGGAGAACUGAGAUGGUGGCUAACUUCGAGUUCAGACUUGACGAGAGUGUUAUCUUCACGUCUCGCUUGUGUAACAAUAGCUGCCUGCGAUGCGAGGUAGAGAAAGGACUGCAGAAGUUCAUAGCGGACUUGAGGCAGCUUGCUUCCAGUGAUAAGUUCAACGUGACCCUGUCGGGUCAGGUUUUUACGGUCAACGGAAAACCCAUAAAAGUACCACGACUGCGCAACGCCUGUCCUCAAGGAAGACGGCGCAAAAACAAAAGACUCGCUGGAUGCCAUCCUGGUAUGUACUUUGACAUCUUCCUGCGGAGAUGUGUCAAUUGCACACGAGGAUCCUUCCAGCCUCAACGCUCGGAGACCUUCUGCUUUCGCUGUCCUGGCAACAAGACGACGCUGUACUCUGGCGCACGUGACCUGUCUCAGUGUAGAGAAACAAAAUGCGGUGGAAACCUGACAUCAAUGUCAGGCGUCAUAACAUCCCCAAACUACCCCGACGCCUACCCUCGCUUCCUGGAAUGUACCUGGACAAUCCAUCCGCGAAGAGGGCGCAACAUCUUGCUUCUUAUUCCAAGUAUCUCGCUUCCGACCACGCCCGACUGCUCGGACUAUCUGACGAUGCGGGAGAGUUCGAGUCCUUACUCUGUGUUUACAUAUUACGCGUGUGAGUCCUUCGAUCAGCCCGUGGCGUUAGUGUCACGCUCCAAGAACCUCCAUAUCAAGUUUAAGUCGAGCCAGAACAGCAUGGCGGAGGGAUUCAAAAUAUUUUAUGUCACAUUUGAAGAGCGUUUCAGGAACAUUGUGAAACACAUCGUUGAAGACGGGGAGUUGUAUGCAAAUGAAACAAACAGACGACUGCUUCAGGAUGAGACUCUUGUGCGCCAAAUUCUGGACGUGAUAGUAGACCCAUCGAGCUUUGAAUAUUCAAUCAGCUCCAAUCGCUUACACAGCAAGAUUCCAAGUGGAUUGCUAAAGUUCAUUGAAAAUAAAGUGUACGACUUUUUCUCGAACGUCAGUCCUUACAGGAAAAAGCGAGCAACACAGAGAUCAACUUUCGUCUGAUUCGUUACCUGUUUGUAGUGUUCAAUUACAAGUAGUUGGCUCUGUCCUCAGUUAGGAGCUUAAUAGGACAAGUGAUCAUAGGAAACGAUCAAUAAACGACGGGCAUUAAAAGGGUAUUGGAAGCAGAAAGACAGAUCUAGGAACUGGAAUGUGUUUCCAAAUGACUUUAGUGGCCUUUAAGCCUUGGCACACUGUAAGCAGACAGAUGGGUAUUAUGAUACUUCCUAGAAUAAGUUAUAGGGGUCAGAGAUGACAAGAGAAUAAUAAGAGUAGAGAAAAUACAGAAUGGAGCUCUUCCUACAGCUUAUGAAAAGCCAAUUUUGAAGUUGAGUAUACUAGAAUUAUGUGAAUUUUACAAAGGGACUCAGUUUAGCUCGAUAGUGCUAGACAGUGAUUAGUUUGUAUGGAUUUUAUUGUUUUAAUACUGACAGAUAUAGAAUGGAUUCAACUGAGAUAAAGCCAGAAGUUGAUACUAAAUGAAAGACAUUUCCCUAAGUAAAACCACACAAAGGACACAUUUUCUUUUUUAAGAGUAGUAGACCUAGGCAAGACCCUCUGGGUCAACCAGUAAUCAUGGCUAAGAUAUCAGAUACCAUAAAGGCCUGUCAUGUUAAUUUUACUAAAUUAAAAUAAAUAGAUAAAUACUGUUAAGGAUUAAACUGCAAGUUUAUCACCCCCCCUCCCCCCAAAAAAGCAUUGUAUUUUUGUAGAAACAUUGGUUGAUAUACUUUAUCUAUGGGUCUGAUUCUGAGAGGCUGGGUUGUGUUCUAAUUAGGACACAAGCACAAUGCAAACAUUUGUUUCCAUUUUGAAAUGGGAAUGUAAGUGAACACAAUCUGGUUGAUGUCCUUGCAUUUUGUGCUUAACUGUAUCAUUAAGUGAGACAAGAUUUCUUUUACAUUUAUCUAGUACAUAUUAAGCAUGUUUACAGUUCUUAUGAGACCAUAUAAGGUUUAUUACAAAGUAGACCUUUUACAAUUUAUCAGACUUGAGCUUGUACAUAAAAUAAAGUUAAACAAAUACAAGAAAAAGCUUGCAAAAAAAAAACAAUGACUUCAUUUAUUGGGCACAACUUCUUAAUGCACUUGUGUAAUAUUGCCAACAGCCACACCCGCCACAAUUGUAAAUAAAUCUGCUUUGAUACCUA